AUCAAAAAGGAUUACAUGUCUAAAUGGAGCUUAGGUCUUCUUUCGAGAGUUGCAGGGUGUGAGAAAACGGACGGUGGUAUGGAGUAGAAAGAUUGCAAAGUUGUGAGCACCUCAAAGUUGCACCACAGGCCAAAGAGCAAUGAGAGCGGCUCCUGCUGGUUUAGCAGAAAACAACAGAGUGACUUCCUGUUACAUCACAAAAAUGAAAUUUGAGCUGAAGAAACAGAUAGAGGAGGGCCGCUGUAAGAAGGUACAAACAUAAGGAAGCCUGAAGGCGGGCGCAGUCAAUCGUAGCAGUCUGUACUUGCAUGUUAUGAAAUAGCACACUUCUGCCCCGACACAACUUCCCCUCUGGGUUCAAAGGUUGAUGAAUCCAGUGAAUGCUAAACAAGGCUGAAUUUUGACGUGAAAGAUGGAGUCUGUGUCUUUCCCACCACUGUCCAGGGUUGCCAUUUGUGGUGGCACUCAUGGAAAUGAGAUGACAGGGGUUUACAUGGUGAGACAUUUGCAGACAGAGAAGAUAGAUAAAAUUGGAUCUGUUUCUGUCUCCACUGUCCUGUCAAACCCACGGGCUGUGGAGAUUUGCAGGAGAUACGUAGAAACCGACCUUAACCGCUGUUUCACAGAAGCCUUGCUAAAUUCCCCUGUAACAGAUUCAACACCCUAUGAACUGAGUCGAGCUCAGGAGCUGAACGCUCAAAUUGGGCCCAAAGGAAGCAAAGAGGCCGUGGACCUGCUCAUAGACAUCCACAACACCACUUCCAACAUGGGCCUCUGCCUCAUCUUUUACUCCAUAGACUGGUUCACCCUGCACAUUCUCAAAUACCUACAGAGUAAAAUGGCUUCUAUGGAAGUUAGAGCAAUCCAGCUGGACAUACCAAUUGCUGAGGCUUAUUCUUUAGAAUCGGUCGGCAAGCAUGGCUUUGCAAUAGAGGUUGGCCCACAGCCCAAUGGUGUGGUCAGAGCGGAUAUCUAUAACAUGGUGAAAGAGGCAGUGGAUCAUAUAUUCAGUUGGCUUCAGGAAUUCAAUUCUGGAAGCACAUUUGAAGGGGGUGAAGUGGAAGCAUACACCUUGGUGAAAAGCAUAGAUUACCCUAGGAAUCCAGUGACUGGGGAAAUCACUGCUGCCAUACACUCCCAGUUACAGGAUAAUGACUUCAAGCUUCUGCAGCAGGGCAAUCCGAUAUUCCUGUCAUUUUCCGGGGAGACAGUGAAGUAUGACGGUGAAGACCUCUACCCUUUCUUUGUCAAUGAGUGCGCCUACUACGAGAAGAAGAUCGCUUUUCAUUUAGCUCGAAAGAUAAAGUUGACACUCCCACCAAUAAAAGUGACAGGCUGAGAGUGCUAAAUUUAAAUAUCCCCAUUUUAAAUUAUAAUAAAGUAGGAAAUGAGAAUUAUUCUGAUCGUUUGAAAUAUGCAAAUGAACAAACGUGAUGUCAUGACUGACAAAUAUAAGGUGUCUAAAACAUAACUCCAUCCUCCAGUGCAGUACAGGAGCUCUGCUACUACCUCUGUUAAUAUGUAAAAUGAAGCUUAUUCGAGCUUUAUCUGAGUGGUGUGUUGCACAGGCUCUAGAGUUGAAGUCCACGCAUUUUAUGUUUUUUAAAGCUAAAUUUAACAUGCAAAAAUCCUUUUUAAUGAAUGACUGAAUAAAUGAACAUGAAUGAAUUUUAACUACAAUCUUCUUAGCACUGUGUAUUUGAUUUACAUAAAAUAAAUGGAUCAGCUCAAUUAUCAGCAAGAAUAUGCUCAUCAGUCAGAGCAACUACAUGCUCCAGUGUGUUUAUCAAGUACACUUUACAACAUUGGUUUGUCCUAACAUUACACUGUGAGUGAUGAAAUGAUCAAUGAAAUGACAGAUGCAAAAGAAAUCUAUCAUAUUUAUCUACUGUGCUUAAAAAAAACUUUUUGAUGAUUUCAGAUUUCUCUGUAUUCCUUACACAUGUUUUUAAAUCUUUCAGCAGACACUUUAUAACUGUGUUAAGGAAAAUUUGUUUUAAA